AUGGUAUAUGGGAUGAUCAGCUUUGUUGUGCUCUACACAAUUCCCUGUCUCCUCUUGUUAAUCUUCGAGUGCACUCCUUUCUACGAUUCUUGGAACCCCUUCAAGUUUCCGCAGACGUGCGUAAAUCUCACCCUCCAAGUAUAUAUGUCCGCAGGCUUUAACAUCUUCCUCGAUGUCCUGAUGGUCCUCUUUGCCGUACCACGCGUCCUGCCUCUUAAGCUUCCAAGGUUGCAGAAAGCCGGGCUUAUUGCGAUUACAUCUCUCAGCUCCCUAGUCGUCAUCUCAUCCGUAGUUCGGCUUAUCCGUAUCAGUACAUUGAGAACAAGCACGGAUCUUCCAUGGGACUCAUAUGACUUCACAACCUGGUCAUCAAUCGAAAUCAACAUCGGCCUCUUCUGUGCGACCGCGCCAGCUAUCAGACCAGCAAUCCGUGCCAUGAAGGAUGCUCUCCGUCUGAACACCUUACCUACUACGAGCCAGGGCACAAGAUUUCCCUCGUCUAUGACCGGAGGCCUGGAACUGGAAGAAGGCGAGGUUUUCAACGGGAAACCACCGGCAGUGCCGGCGAACAGUGGGUAUUGGAUUACUAAGAAAGUGCGGGUCACAGAUCGGGAGCUGAGUGACGCAGAUAGUUCAAAAUGCGUGCUUGAUUCCGUAUCGACGAAUAGGUCCCCAGAGAGUGGGACUCGCAGCGGAACUGAGAGUGGUGGAGAGAUGGGGGAGAGAAAGGUGAGGCAGGGAGGAGGUGGGACGCUUUUUGUAUAG